GCUGGUUAGUCUGGUUUCGGGUUCCGGCUGCGUCGGGCGUGCGUGCAGCUCGCGGAGACUAUGGCGUCCGGGCCUCACCCGACCUCCACCGCCGCCGCCGCCGCCUCGUCGGCCGCGCCGAGCGCGGGCGGCUCCAGCUCGGGCACGGCGACCACGACGACGACGACGGGAGGGAUUCUGAUCGGCGACCGCCUCUACUCGGAGGUGUCGCUCACCAUCGACCACUCGCUGAUCCCGGAGGAGCGGCUGUCGCCCACCCCGUCCAUGCAGGACGGGCUGGACCUGCCCAGCGAGACGGACCUGCGCAUCCUGGGCUGCGAGCUCAUCCAGGCCGCGGGCAUCCUCCUCCGGCUGCCGCAGGUGGCGAUGGCGACGGGGCAGGUGCUGUUCCACCGCUUCUUCUAUUCCAAGUCCUUCGUCAAGCACAGCUUCGAGAUUGUUGCCAUGGCCUGUAUUAACCUUGCAUCAAAAAUCGAAGAAGCUCCCAGAAGGAUAAGAGAUGUGAUCAAUGUAUUCCACCACCUCCGCCAGUUAAGAGGAAAAAGGACUCCAAGCCCUCUGGUCCUUGACCAGAACUACAUUAACACCAAAAACCAAGUGAUCAAGGCUGAACGGAGGGUGCUGAAGGAGCUGGGGUUCUGUGUCCAUGUCAAGCACCCCCACAAGAUCAUUGUAAUGUAUUUACAAGUACUAGAGUGCGAACGUAACCAAACCCUCGUUCAGACUGCCUGGGUAGUCCCUGAUGGUAAGUCAUAGAGCUCUGCCCUCUGCACUUCAGCCCAUGACCUCAGGAUGGCCUGAUUGGCUGCCCUGCUCUCCAGCCAAUCCAGUGCAAGCUCUCAUCCGAGAUUCACUGAAGUGGUCCAUAUCCAUCUGGCAGCAUCUUCUAGUUCUGUCGGGGUGUCAAAAGGAUUUGUAUAUUUGCUUCUAGAAGUAACUAUUCAACAUGCCUGUGUAUUUAAUGUAUACCUGUAACUAUCAAAAUGAAUAGUUCAUUUUUGAUAUUGUCCAGCGAUUAUGCAUUAAAAUUGUUUUUUGUUUUUUUGUUUUUUUAAUUAGAGGUUUGACUAAAUUUCUACUUAGGUGUGUAUAGUUGAAUUCUACUGAAAGAGGCUACAGCCUUCAGCUUUAAAUGGGCAGCAGUCCCCAUUUUGGGUUGAUUUACAGAUGCUGGGCUGUUGUAGGCAAUGAUGUUACUAGAAGGACUUCAUUUCUAAGAAAGAGAAGUUCAUAUUACCUGACUGCUACUGUUAAUUUGGAUCUUUGCGAUUCAGGUACAUGAGUGACUGUCUACAGUCAAGCCAGGAGGUGUGGUUCACCCAUACCUCUUUCACAAGACUGUUGAUAUGCAAGAUAAGUGAUUUUAUGUUCUGGACAUUUCCAGCAAGAUACCUUUUGGAUUCAGUAAAUAUUAGUAACGCUAGAAUAGCUUCAUUGUUUCAUGAAAUGUGUGACUAUUUUAAUGUGUUCAAUGAAACAUUUAUGGGUAUAAGAAUUUUCAAGAACUCCAUUAAUUCUAGUUCAAGCUUUUAAACAACUGUAGUAAGUUCUGUAGAGGGUGGGCUCGGAUGAAGUCGUUUACUGUUUUUGUUGGGGGAAAAAAAGGUAUGUAAACUAGAGCUUUAAUUUAUCUUUACCACUGUUCUUUUCUUUCCUACCUAGGGUUUUUGAAGCAAUUUUUUAAUUUAAUGUAAAUUGGUGGGUUCUUGCUUAAAAUGCCUUUUUACCCCUGUCACAGUAUUUUGAAUUUUUGAAAGAACUUGGUUGACACUGCUUUUCAUUGUGGAUAAAGGAGAGAUGGUCAAUAAUUCAUGGCUUGAAGUAUUGUUGGAGUGGUUUAUGUCAUUAAUGAAGCUUAUGUCAUUAACGAAAAGUCAGUUGACUUUUAAAACAUUACAUUAAAAGAAAGUCUUAAGGGUAAGUUUCAUUUGGACAGUAAUAAAAAUGACAGCUUUCAUCCUACAUAAGAUAACUCAAGAAUGGCCUUUGUACGAAGUUAUUGCUGAUUUUUUUUUAACAAGUUAAUUAUAUGCUAGAGUAUGAAGUUGUGAAUAUAGAGAAGAAAAAAGAAUGAAGUAGAUUGAGUCUCCAACUUUAUGUAAGCUCCGGCUUGUUUGUGUGCACAGCUUACAGUGAACAUCUUUUUCA